AUGGAUCAGCACACUAGGCCCACACUACCCCAGACCAACCAGCUCACCUCCACAAACCUGUUUCCUCAUUUGUCCUGGCAAAAUCUUGGACCAUCUGAGUCUCUGAAAUUGGCUGUGCCUUUGCUUAUGUCAAGGAUUACCAAAAACCUCCAGCGGAUGCUUGUGCUCAAUGACUUUCCCAAACAACUUUAUGAAAAAUUCAUUAGCUUUUUCCAGGCUAUUCCUCUUCCCCCUUGCUGUUUUAAGUUCACAAAUUGCCUGAAUAUUGCAUCAUGGGAUCAUAGAUUACUAACCACAGUUUUAAAAGGCCAGAAUAUUACUGGUGAACAAAAAAAGAAUGGGAAGAAGGAAUUCCUCUGGGAAGUUCUUACUGUGAUAAAAGCUAGAACUGAAAAAAUGGAGAACAUGGGACAGUACAAAGAACUAGUUCGAUAUUUGAGAGCAGUAAAAUGUAAUGAAGGCACUGGGUUAAGGGAUCUUAGAGACAAGAUUCCUUUCUACUUGUGCAAAAGUGGCGAUUUCACGGGUGCUGCAUGCUCACUACUGCUUCCUGUCAACAACCUGGCAUGUUGCACGGCCUGUCGGCUUGUACCCUUUCAGUUUGAGAGCUACUUGAAGAUGUUUUGGACUGGAAGUGUCCCCUCAGGGAAGGACUUCCAGGACUCUGACAAGUGGAUUUUGAAUGUAGGUGCUCCUGUAAAAUGUUGUGUUCUAAUUAAGCAGGCCCUCCGAGUUCUCUACAGCAACCAGUCCUUGUACAGAAAUGCAAGAUGUUGGAGUGCUCUCAUCACAGUUUUGGGCAGUAGUCCUAUUUUGGAACAGAAUGGCCUCUUAACUACUCUCACACUGAGAGAACCAUCAUCUUCCUUCAGACAGAUGGUAUGGGACGUGUCCUUUGGCAUUUUAGAAGAACUGAGAUUGAAAGUCAAUAUUUCCUUGCCUUCAAAUAUAUUUUAUGGUUCUCGAAACCUCGAGGCCUGCUUUCUUCUCACCAUUAAAGCUGUGCUUCAGAUGCUCCUCACUGACUUGCCAUGGUUGACUUCUCUUCUUGAAAUAAUAUUAGCUUUUGGGAAAAAUUUCUGGGCACUAAAGCUAUUUUUGGAAGGCCUUUUGUACCAAAUGCCUGAUCUUCAUGAAAUUGUCAGUAUGAUUGUCAAAGAUCUGAGUUACCAGAAACACACUCUGCUAAAAUUGUAA